AUGGACACCAACCACCCCAGUGCUGGGUCCGCCAGCGCCCUCCAGCCGAAAACCCCUGCGCUCUCACCCCCGCUGGACCCUCCUCCCUACACCAUCUUCCAAAAGGGCGAGAAGGCCAUCCUCAUGCUAAUCCUCUCGCUCAUCGGGUUCUGCAGCGCCAUCUCCAGUCCCAUCUACUUCCCAGCGCUUCCCACGCUCACCAGCUACUUCAAAGUGUCGGAGGCUGUGAUCAAUCUUUCUGUUGUGGCGUACCUCGUCUUUCAAGGUAUUGCUCCCACCUUUGUGGGCAGCGUGGCUGAUGUCAUAGGAAUGAGACCUGUGUUGGUGCUAUCGGCAGUGGUGUUCACUGCCUCGUGCUUUGCGUUAUCGCAGACCAACGUGUACUGGCUUUUUGCAGUGUUGCGAUGUAUUCAGGCAGCAGGAAUUGCUCCCGUGGUGGCGGUGGCUGCAAGCGUCUCGGGCGAUGUGUGCACGCCACGAGAUCGUGGUGGGUUUGUGGGAACCGUUUCUGGGAUGCAGCUCGUGGGCAACGGAUUCGGAGGAAUAAUCGGUGCUGCGCUCAUUCUGGGCUUCAACACUUGGAGAGCCAUCUUCGUGUUUUUGGGGAUUUUGGGCGGUUUUGCUAUGGUGCUCUCGGCCCUCCUCUUGCCAGAAACGUCCCGACUGAUCGUGGGGAACGGCUCGAUCGUGCCCAAGAGCAUUUUGAACCGGCUGUUGUUCUCGGUGCUCCCCCACUUCAGGAAACAACUCACCAAUGACUACUCCACUUUGCGAAAACGCAACAAAUUGGACCUCUUAUCAUCCUACAAGAUCCUCGUGGUUCCCGAGGUGUUUGCGUCCUUGGUACCGUCUGGAAUCCAUUACGCAGGCUGGACCAUUGCAUUGACUUCGCUCUCAACCGAGUUAGAGAACAGGUACAAGUACAGUGUGAUGCAUGUGGGUUUAAUCUACUUGCCCCAGGGUAUAGCCACCUUAGUUUCGUCGGUGGUGACGGGAAAGGCCCUUAAUUACUAUUAUCGCUACCGUCGAGCCCAGUACGACGAAAAGUACAAGGAUACUGCUCCCGAAAACAGACCAAGCUUCAACAUAUCCAGAACCAGGAUUGACAUUUGCAUAGUGCCAGCUACGAGCAUGGUGAUAGGGUUGUUAAUGUUUGGCUGGUGCUUGCAGUACCGCAAGGCUGCCAUUUCAAUCAUUAUCGCAUCGACGUUGAUUUCUUUCUCCACGGUGUCGCUCAUUUCGUGUGCCACUACCUUGUUGGUGGACUUGUUUCCCGGAAAGAGCAGCUCGUCCAUCAGCUGUUUGAACUUGGUGCGUUGCAUGUUGGCAGCGUUGUUCACGGGUAUUUUGGACCAUCUCAUCCAGUCCAUGGGGCUUGGAGGGUGCUACACCUUUAUGGCAGGCCUCUGUCUUCUCAGUGACUUGAUGCUAGUGUGCAUAAUCCUCGUGCGAGCCAAAAAGGUGAUGAGUGCUGACACAGUCUCCGAGAAGCAAGCUCUGGAAGAGUCCGAGGAGGUAACGGAAAAGCAGCCAACAUCAAAAGCAGAAGAGUCGGCAAUCGAUACUGGCAACGUACUAUUGGAGAAUCGCCAGCCGAAACUGAGCUAA